GUUUGAAUUACGUGCGUAUUCAUUCGUUCACCUACAGGCUAAUGAACUUGAGGCGAAAAAGCGGUACUACCGUUUCACUGUCCGUGUCAGUACUGUCCCCUCUCUCCUCCCCAAGUGCUCUUUUUUUUUUUGGGUUGUUGUCGUAUGUUAAUCCUUUGACAUGGAUACAAAGGUGCUUUCCUCUGGAAUUCGCUACUCUAACUUGCCAGAAAGUUAUGUGAGACCGGAAUCUGAGCGUCCCCGCUUGUCUGAAGUGGCCGAAUGCGAAAACAUCCCAGUCAUCGACUUAGGGUGUGAGGACAGAAGCCAUAUUGUUCACCAAAUUUAUCUUGCCUGCAUGUAUUAUGGAUUUUUUCAGGUUAUUAAUCACGGCGUUUCACAAGAAGCGGUGGAAAGAAUGUUGCAAGUGGCGCAGGACUUCUUUGGGUUGCCGGUGGAGGAGAAGCUGAAGCUCUACUCAGAUGACCCUUCCAAGACAGUGAGACUUUCUACCAGUUUUAAUUUCAAUAAGGAAAAGGUUCACAACUGGAGAGAUUAUCUACGAUUACACUGCUAUCCUCUCGACAAAUAUGUUCCCGAGUGGCCUUCCAACCCUCCUUCAUUCAAGGAAAUUGUAAGUCAUUACUGCGCAGAAGUUCGAGAACUUGGGUAUAGAUUACAAGAAUUAAUAUCGGAGAGCUUAGGCCUGGAAAAAGAUUACAUAAAGAACGUUCUUGGGGAGCAAGGGCAGCAUAUGGCUGUGAACUAUUACCCGCCAUGUCCGGAGCCAGAGCUGACUUAUGGAUUGCCUGGACAUACUGACCCCAAUGCUCUUACAAUUUUACUUCAAGAAUUGCAAGUUGCGGGCCUUCAAGUACUGAAAGACGGUAGAUGGGUUGCUGUUAAUCCCCACCCAAACGCCUUUGUCAUUAACAUUGGAGAUCAAUUACAGGCUUUGAGUAAUGGGAGGUACAAGAGCGUGUGGCAUCGGGCAGUUGUGAAUGCUGACAAGGCAAGGAUGUCUGUUGCUUCUUUCCUCUGCCCGUAUGACCAUGCCUUGAUCAGCCCUGCAAAACCUCUCACAGAAGAUGGAUAUGGAGCAGUAUACAGAGAUUUUACUUAUGCAGAGUAUUACAGUAAGUUUUGGAGCAGGAACCUGGACCAAGAACAUUGUUUGGAACUUUUCGAGAACAAAUAAUACCAGCUCCAUUGUCUGGUCCUUCGGUGCUUAUUCUAUCAUUUUCUCGACUUGUCAGUUAUUGCCUGCUUGCUGCCCGGUUAAAAUGCCACGCGUCCUGGUGUAAAGAGGCACUGCUUUUAUUUUACCAAAAUGCAAAACUGCAGCAUCACUAGAACGCCCCUUAAUUAUUCAUGGCUGCGCACCAUUUUUCGGUGGAGCAUGUUGCUUUAUUGCUGGCCAUGACAGCCAUUUUGGCAGUCUACCGUAACUUAUCCAUAAGUAAAACUUCCAAAAUUCUGCUCAUUGUGGUUUGGUUCUUGAUCCACAAAGAAGCAUGGAAUUAUUUGUUGCAUUUCCAUAUAUAUUAUUGUAUCUAGCAUGAAGGACAAUAUUAUCUGUCAUCAAAUGGUUCUCUUCAGGACUACAUAUUAUCUGUCAAAAAUGAUUCUUGCUGUUUGUGAAUGUUCUUGUCAAAUUGAGCCUAGCUAGCCACUGACAGCCUUUGCUGUCAUACAGUUGAAGUUUUGCUACUGCAAAGCGAACCCGCCACCUGAUUUUCUUAGGAACCAGAAGCAUACUGUUGCAUACUGAAUAUAUUUGCACUCACACUCGCAGAGUUAUAUGUACUAUCUUACUUGUGCUGCCAAAUAUUAUUAAAUUUCGUUAAUAAAUAAAAUGUGUUGUUUCAGGAAAAUAGAAGAUAGAAUAGGAGGUGUUAAGCACGUCGGUAAAACCUGGAUAUCUUGAGCAUGGUAGUUUCAGAGCCCAUAAAAGGCUCCAUCAGAACUGAACAGAACAUAUGCUUUUAGCAGUUUCAUACAAUUUGCAUGUGCAAUAUAGGUUAAAUUGAUAGUCUUAAUUAUAUUUCACUAGAGCGACUUGAUGGAGUGAAUAUCUCCACAAAGAUCAUACUCUUAUCCUAGAUUUCUAGUCCUCUAUAAGGCAAAGAACUGCCCUCAGUUAAAGUUCUGAUAUUUGCUCAAGCUUCUUUUCUCUGACUCUUGGAUAAAAGUGCCCUUAAAACUUUAUCAGCGAUGCUUCUUAAACCCAUUUCCUUUCUUAAUUGGUUCCCCCCCCCGAGGGUAUUUUCUCCAGAAUCUUUAGUGCCACUGGUCUACUUUACCUUCAUCUAAUUCUAAUAACAAUAUGCAAUAUCUGUCGGCACAUCCAGUUUAAUCAUCUCCGUUAUUCUGAUUUGUCACUAUAGUUAACUACAUGCAGCCAGGCAUGAUUUUGGUGUGGGCUACUAAGAUAAUUUGAAAACAAUUUCCCAAGUUUCUGUAAAAGAAAAUGCCGGCUUACAAUGCGUAUUUUUGUAAUCAGCUUCUUCAUGAU